GAUAUGCUCAUAACAGAUACCUAGGGAGGCCUCUUAGAAGCUAAUGCUAGGCGUGAAUUAAAACAUACCCAGGUAUACUUUUACCUAAGGCAUUCGGUCCAAAUCAUACCGGCUUCUAGAGAUUUGCCGAAUAUUCCCCCGCGCUACGAAAAACCUCCUGAAUAUCCCUACCGGGGUCAUCGUUCUAUAACGCCAAGCAGUCGUAAUUUCCUCCAGUCCAAGAUGUAUUGGGAUGGACCGCCGCGUACAUCCAGCUGGGGUCCCCACAGUCUCCGCAUACUCUACCCCAAACCGCUCCCCGGUCUGUAUAAGUUGGCGUGGAGAAAUAAAAGCCGGGACGUAACCACAUGUGCCGAGACAGCGGACUGGGUAGUGCACGAAGUAUAGGCCGAUGGAAGGGCCGAUAGACCCGAUUCAGUAUCGGCUGGCCAUCAUUUUGAUCUUAUGACCCGCGUGAUGUUUUUAGGCGUAGUUCGCCGUAAAUCUCUGUUUCUCUGUUGCUGUCAUACGAGUUGCAGCGGCUUCAUAAAUAGGAGACUCGAGGAGACGAGCUAUGAAUCUCUAUAGGUCAGGAACCGAGCCACCGCUCUAGAAUAAAGCACCUCUCAAUACCACGAAGAACAAUGAGCUCUCGUUUGCUCGCCUUAUUGGCAUUAUCAGCGUGGCCUCUCAAUGGCUUCUGCUUCAGCACACCUCGUGGGCCGAGACAUUCACUCCUCAGCUAUGCGGCCGGCAAUGAUUCAGGUGUCUCAGCCUAUAGAGAUUCUUCUCUAUGUGUCAACGAUAGAGUUGAAGAUCUCCUUCAGCGGAUGACCCUAGAGGAGAAAGCCGGUCAAAUGUUCCAUGCGAUGCUGUUCAUGGGUUCUAACGGUACACUAGAUGAAGGGAGUGAAGCUGCCUUCCGGAAUAGCACCGACUUCAUGAUCGGGGACCAAUUCCUAACGCACUUUAACCUCGUUGGUGACAUCACCGAUGCGAGGCAGACAGCUGAGUUCUACAAUCGCGUCCAACAACGAGCUCGAGAGACGCGUCUUGGAAUUCCUAUAACACUAUCCUCUGAUCCUCGACAUCACUUCACCGAGAAUAUCGGAACUGGUUUCAACGCAGGCCGCUUCUCUCAGUGGCCCGAGACUCUCGGACUCGCCGCACUUCGAGAUGCCGACUUAGUUCGGAGGUUCGCUGAGAUCGCUCGCGAAGAAUAUCUAGCUGUUGGCCUGCGUGCUGCGCUACACCCGCAAGUGGACUUGACGACGGAGCCACGGUGGGCACGAAUCGCUGGUACAUUUGGUGAAGAUUCGAACCUAACCGCUGAACUCCUUACGGCAUAUAUCAAAGGCUUCCAAGGCGAGAAGUUCGGUCCUACUUCUGUAAGCACCGUGACGAAGCAUUUUCCCGGCGGAGGUCCGAUGGAAAACGGUGAAGACAGCCAUUUCGCCUACGGGAAGAACGAGACAUAUCCCGGGAAUAACUUCAACCACCAUCUUAUCCCCUUUAAGGCAGCUAUUGCUGCAGGCGCCCGCCAAAUGAUGCCGUACUACAGCCGUCCGAUUGGCACGCAGUACGAGCCUGUGGGGUUUUCGUUUAACAAGGGGAUAGUCACAGACCUUCUGCGUAACGAGCUCGGAUUCGAGGGCGUUGUGGUAACCGACUGGGGCUUGAUUACUGAUACAUAUAUCGCUGGUCAAUACAUGCCUGCUCGGGCAUGGGGAGUAGAGGACUUAUCAGAGCUGGAGCGAGCAGCGCGCAUCCUCGAAGCCGGGUGCGACCAAUUCGGCGGCGAGACACGUCCUGAGCUGAUCGUGCAGUUGGUCCAUGAAGGCGUUAUAAGCGAAGAACGCCUGGAUGUCUCUGUGCGAAAGCUGCUGCGCGAAAAGUUCAUCCUGGGACUUUUUGAUAACCCAUUCGUCGACCCGGAUGCUGCCGUUCGCAUUGUUGGGAAUGAUUAUUUUACGCGCUUAGGCAAUGAGGCCCAGCGUCGCUCGUACACACUGCUUACCAACAAGAAUGAGACUUUACCACUUCGUAACGCUAGGCGGGAGACUAAAUUCUAUAUUGAAGGUUUCAAUGCGACUUUGCUACAAGAUCGUAGUUAUACGGUUGUGGACAAGCCCGAGGAUGCUGAUUACGCUCUUCUGCGGCUGGCAGCCCCUUACGAACCGCGACCGGGAGGGUUCGAGUCUGGAUUUCAUGCUGGAUCUCUUGAGUUCUCAGCUGAAGAACGGGCGCGUCAAGAGGCUAUAUACUCGACAGUGCCGACUAUUGUCGACAUGAUGUUAGAUCGACCGGCCGCAGUGCCUGAAGUUGCAGAUCAAUCGGUGGCAAUGCUAGCUAGCUUUGGAAGUAGCUCUGAGGCGUUCCUCGAUAUAAUAUUUGGCGUUGCUGAGCCUGAAGGCAAAUUGCCGUAUGACUUGCCACGUUCGAAUGCAGCUGUCGAAGCGGCCAUGGAAGAUGUGCCGUUCGAUACCAAAGACUCAGUGUUCAGAUUCGGACAUGGGCUAGGAUACGCGGAUCGGUGUGGGAAGACAGGAUAAGACACCGAGUGACUGGAUAACCAGUGGAUUAACGAUUCUAAUGAUGUUUCCCUUCUCAAUACGACAAUCGAGUUUUCUGAGCGUUUGAUGGCUAGGAAAGUGAGAGUUUAUAGGUAUAGAAACCUCCUCCGUGACAAUGUUGUCGCUGCACGAAGUAUAACAAGUAACUUCCAACACAGACAAAAUCAAACAAUGAAUUUUUAGUUUUUGGCCAAUCAAAAGUAAACAUUUUCAUUUUUGAGUGGAUCCCAAAAAAUAUGAGGCUAUUCAGAC